AACCACAGACGAUCUUUGACCGUAAAGGCAGCAACAAGAAGACAUGGCGGACACAACAACCAAACGCGAAGCCGACAGUGUUGGUUCGGAUGAAGUGUCUCAGAAAGCCAAGAGGGCGAAGUCAGACAGUGAAAACGGCCGCGGAGAGGUCGGAAAGGAGCCUGAAAACAUUCUGUGCGGCUUCAAAACGUCCGACGUCCUGAGUGAUUCUGCGCGGGAGAAAACCAUCUUCAUCCGCGGGAAGCUCGCCGAUCAGGAGGCUGUGGUCAUCCUGGAGAAGACUCCCAUCAGAGAGGACACCCUGGCUGAGCUUUUCAGCGGCUCCACGCUGAAGCUGGAGAUGAGGAACGACAUCUACAGCACAUAUCGGUUACAGGCGCCCCCCCAUCUCAAUGAGAUCAAGACCACAGUGGUGUGUCCAGCUACAGAGAAGCAUGUAAAGAAAUACCAGCGUCAGGAGAGUUUCCUGGUGGAGGAGACGGAGGAGGACUAUCAGUCCAUCACUCGGCCCUACGUUGAGAAGCAGAGUUUCAGCGUGAAGUGGGUACACAACAUCCUGGAGAAGAAGGCAGAGGCCGACAGGAUCGUUUAUGAAGAUCCAGACCCCAAGGUUGGCUUUGUCCUCCUCCCAGAUUUCAAAUGGGACCAGAAACAGGUUGACGAUUUAUACCUGAUCGCCAUCGCACAUCUGCGAGACAUCAGGAGUCUCCGAGACCUGACGUCAGAGCAUCUGCCGCUGCUGCAGAACAUCUUCCAGAAAGGGAAGGAGGCCAUCCUGCAGCGCUACGACCUUCCAGCCAGUAAACUGAGAGUCUACCUGCACUACCAGCCGUCCUACUACCACCUCCACGUCCACUUCACCAAGCUGGGCUACGAGGCGCCGGGCUGCGGCGUGGAGCGGGCCCACCUCCUCGCAGACGUCAUCCAAAACCUCCAGUCUGAUCCCGAAUACUACAAAACCCGGACGCUGUACUUCCCCCUGAGGGCAGACGACGGGCUGCUCGGCAAGUUCAAGGAGGCAGGGAGGCUGUAAAUCACCCCCCCCUCGGUAGAUUCCCGUCCGAACUGUGUCCGACUGAUUUCAAUUAUCUGUUUUGUGUUAUUUUUUUAUCGGUUUGGUUGAGAAAUGGUUGUUUCUGUGUCAGCUAGCCUAUUAGUUAGGUUUACACAUUAGAUACGAAUGUUUUCUCCCAGUGUCAUUUUCCCUCAACUCAAGUUUAUAAUGUCGCAUAAAAAUAGUAAUUAUCUAAUUAUUGGAGUGUUUUACACUUCAACUGAUUAAUAAUCAUGUUUUAUACGUAUUUGGAUACAUUUUUAUAAUCACAUUUCAUAUUAUUCCUGCUUUCAUUUUAAGAAAAGGAGAGAAUAUAACCAAUGGAAAAAUUAAUGUUUUAAUGUUUUUCAUACGUUUUCUGUUUCUGAAUGUUGCUGAUUGAAUUAAAUGGUCGUUUUUUUUACUCA